AUGAUCUUGAAACCCUUCGUUCUGCUCCUGGCGUUCGCCGGAACGGUUCUCGUCCUAGAAUCAGUGGAUGCUGCUUUUUGUCGCCAGCACGAGAUACUCUUGCCGAUAGCACCGAAUUGCGAGAAAACCUGUGAUGGGGGCUGUUCGACGCACUCCAAGCGGUACGUGAUUCAACGCCCGGCGUGCAUCUGUCGGCCCGGAUUCGUACGAAGUGGCGGUGCGUGUGUGCCAUUCAGCAGCUGCAAACCACCUACCAGCCCACCCCCGUGUCCAACAACCACCACCACGGCAGCCCCGACAUGUCCCCCAGUCGUAACGACAACUCCAGCUCCGAUCACUUGUCCACCGGUAACCGUUCCUGCAACAUUGCCGACAACGACUCCGCCGGCACCUUGUCCAACUAGUACUGUUCCACCUUGUGCGGUUCCGACGAAUCCUCCUCCUCCAUGUCAAGUUGCGGUUCAACCUUGUGUCUCUUGUGGAGCUCCGAAGCCAUGUCCGUGUAGACCGCUUGUCGGGUUCAAAUUUAUAUAA